AUGUUCUCGCAUCUACUUUGCCCGAUACUUGGAGAUGAACUCUACUGCAGCCGUCUGACGGAAAUUGAUGGGAAAGUGGCUAUAGUUCAACCAAAAGAUCUGCAUCGUAUACGAGCAAAGCGGUACUUCCCUCCAGCGCUUAUCGAACGCCUUGGUGUACCUUUUGCAGAACUUCAGAGCAAAUUGCCCUUAUACUGCCACAUCCAUUCUACAGUAUUCCCUCGUUUUGGCUGGAUGAUUGGGCGACCGAAAAGUGAACAGGAUGUUGCUGAUCUCUAUGCAAAUGCGCCGCCACCUCGUACGUUUCGAUAUUUUCCAAAACUGUUUGCUAAUGUUUUCCCUCGAUUUGGCUGGAUGAUUGGACGACCAAAAAGUGAACAGGAUGUUGCUGAUCUCUAUGCAAAUGCACCGCCACCUCAACAUUUUCUCGCUAUGGUGGAGGCACUUGGAAUGAACACUGAUUUGGAGCGGUAUUUUCAUGAAGAUGAAGGGGAAGAUCAAGUUGUUGGAGGCGACGAGAAGUUUUGA